AUGCCGUUCUUUCUUUCUUGCAACUUGUCUGUUUGUGGACGGCUCUGGAUAUGGGUCCUCUCCACUCUCCUGGCUACCACCACCACCACUUCCGCUCAGCUGGAUAACUUCACUUCACCAACACAUCAAUUCAAAUCGCGGCCCGAUUUACACGCUCCAAUUGUGAACUUUGAUAUCCUACGACCAGAACUCAUCUCUCCGGGAUACAUUUUUCUUGCACCUUAUCGGAAUCUCGAUCCGGGACCGUACAUUUACGACAAUUGGGGAGAUUUGAUCUGGUCUGGAGCGGGAGCCAGUGGGCCCAAGACUGCGCAUACACCGCGAGUAUGCACUUACCAAGGGAAGGAUCAUCUUUGUUUCUUCGAGGGCGAGCAACAUCAGGGAUUCGCUCGUGGACAUGGAGUGAUUAUGGAUUCGAGUUAUCGAGUUGUCAAGACGAUUGAGAGUUCGGGGGCUGGAGCUUCGAAUGAUAUGCAUGAGUUUAAGAUGACGCCGUAUAGUGGUGGGAGGACGGUGUUGAUGACCAUCUAUCAGCCUCGACAGUAUGAUUUGACUGCGAAUCCGCUGUUCAAGAUUCGGGGUGGGAUGGGAUGGAUUGUGGAAGGGGUGUUUCAGGAGGUGGAUAUUGAGAGUGGGGAGGUGGUGUUUGAAUGGCGUUCUUUGGAUCAUGUGGAUCCUUCCGAGGCGUGGACUCUUCCUGCUUCCACGGAUACUUCGGGAGAUGGACUGCACGAACAGUCUCCGUGGGAUUACUUCCACAUCAACAGUAUUGACAAGAAUGAGGAGGGGGACUACCUCAUCUCCGCCCGGCAUGUGAGUGCCGUGUACAAACUCUCCGGCGAGACGGGGGAGAUUUUGUGGCAAUUGGGAGGGAACAAUCCAUCUUUCCACCAAGUCGAUUUCAUCUUCUCCUACCAGCAUCACGCCCGUUGGAUCUCCGAGAACAGCACGCACACCGUCCUUUCAUUGUACGACAAUGCAGGAAACAGCUUCAACAGCACCGGGGAUUUCUCACACGGUUGGAUCAUAUCCAUCAAUCACCUCGACCAGACAGCCCAUAAAAUCAAAGAAUGGGGCGCUCCAGAACCUUCAGGAGGGUUACUUUCCACUUCGCAAGGAAAUCUGCAACUCCUCCCCAWCGGCAACUGCCACAUUGGCUGGGGAGAACACGCUUACUUCUCCGAACACACGGCCGAGGGGGAAGCGGUCAUGUAUGCCAAACUUGCCGAACGAGAAUCCAAUGUCAUGAUCUAUCGUUCCAACAAGUACAAUUGGACGGGACAACCGGUGACGAAACCUGCUUUGUGGGCGUAUAGUAGGACCGGGGAGGAGAUGACGGGCUUCUGGGUGUCUUGGAAUGGAGCGACGGAGGUGAGGAGUUGGAAUUUGUAUACGGGGGAGUCGAGCCAAGGACCCUGGAAAUUCGCGGGGAAUGUUGCCAAGAGUGGAUUCGAGACGGAGGGACAGGUUGGGUAUGGGGUUACGUGGAGUUUCGUGGAGGCUGUGGAUGGGGAGGGGAAGGUGUUGGAACGGAGUGCGAUUGUUAGGACUUUUGUUCCUGGGGAGGGGUUGAGGGAGUGGUGUGAUGAUCGGGGAUGUGGACUUGCGGAAGUGGUUGAGGAAGGGGAGGAAGUUGUUGUUGAUGGGGAGGGAGAGGGAGUGCUUUCGACGAUGAGGGGAUAUAAUACUGCGCAGUAUUAUGCUGAUUUUGAACGGGAGGAGGGUUUUGGAGAGGUCAGUCGUGUUGCUGUUGCUGUUGGGUUUGGGAUGGUUCUGGGUGUUGUGGUGGUGUUGGGUGGGUUUUUCAUUUGGAGGGUUGGGGGGUGGAGGAGAGCGAGGGGGAAAGUAUGGGAUGUUGGGGAGAAGGUUGUGGAUGGGUGUUGGGCGUCGGAGGUUCUGGGGAGGUAUUCGAGGUUGAGGCAGCGGGAGGAAGGAUUUGAAUAG